AGUGACGCACUCAGCCUCUCGCCUUACAGCCAGAUCCUCCACGAACAUCGACCCCUCCACCUUCAGCCUCGAAGCCUGCUCAGCCAUCACGGUUGAGAGUACAAGCGGACCACUUGAGCCAGCAAAACUCCUCACGAACAUCUGAAAGGCUCAUCACGAGCACCUCGCCGGUUUUGAGCCUCACCUGAGGCGAAGCUGCAAUUCUCACGUUCCAACGUUCGAGAAGCCUCUACCUCGACUACCUCCGCCGAUACCGCAAUCAUGGCGACGAACCGUAAUCGACGCCUGCAGAAAGAGGUGCAAGACAUUCUCAAGGACACACACUCCGGCAUCACAAUCACCUCACCUACUGACUCUACCGACAUCACCGAUUUCACACGCUUCAAAGGACACUUUCGAGGCCCUCCAGACACUCCGUAUGAAGGUGGCGCUUAUGAGAUUGACAUUCGGAUAACUGGCGAGUACCCGUUCAAGCCGCCGGAGAUGCGGUUUCUCACCAAGAUCUGGCAUCCGAAUGUCUCUUCACAGACCGGAGCUAUCUGCCUCGAUACCUUGGGCACAGCCUGGAGUCCUGUGCUCACGCUCAAGUCUGCGUUGAUCAGCUUGCAGAGUUUGCUGCAAUCGCCCGAGCCUAAAGACCCGCAAGACGCCGAGGUGGCUAGCAUGAUGAUCACGAGACCGGAGGAGUUCAAGCACGUGGCUCGCGAAUGGGCUCAGCGGUAUGCCCAUGCACCGAAGCCACCGCCAGGUAGUGCCAAGACGGGUGCGAGUAGCUCCAUGGGCGGAGGUGCAGUGAACAAGAAAGACGACCCGAAAGAGGAGAAGCGGCGUGAGGAAGCCAAGCGGAGAGCGGCGUACAAAGGCUACAAUAGAUCCAUGAUCGACAAGUUCACGGCCAUGGGUUUUCAGGUCGAGCAGGUCGUUCAGGCCUUUGAGUACGUCGGCAUUGACAACGCCGAUGGAGAGGAGUACGAGCUGGAGGAGGAGUACCACGGAGACAUCGUUGCGAGGCUGUUCGGAGAGAUGUGA